CAAAAUAGUCGUAGUGUAAUCCCACCGGUACUCUACUACCUAGUAGGUACUAACUACGUACUACUAGUACUAAUGCACAGUAAUUACUCGUAUACCCACGCUUACCUCCAUCCGGCAAUGCAAGCGAGGAAAAUAGCAGCCAAACCCACGAGCAACUAGUUACUUGGUAACUUCCCCUACUCUGCCUCCUCUGGGUUGUGUUGCGGGUUGUAUUGUUGUGUUGGAAAGGCUCACUACUCACCUACAUCCGCCCUUCCUUAGUAUUAGUAGACCACCAUGGCCCCGAACAAAAGGCUAUCAAUGCCACUUUGGCAUCAUCCCAUCCCAUACCCAUAAUUACCACACCCCAAAACCCAACACCGACACAAUCCAUCAUCACCCAUCCUUCAUUUCAUCAAAUAAACUAACCAUCACAUCACGACUACAACCUCAUCGUCACCACCACCAUAAUCUGAGUCGUCGUCGAUCGAUCUAUCCCCGUAAAACCACCCGCCCGUCCGUCACUCAAAACGACGCCAUCAUCACGACGCCCCCCAUCAGACACACGUACAAAGAAAACCCCAUCGUCGGUUUGCCUCCCACCACCAAACGCGACACUCGCACGCGCACACCAUGGCCAGCGCGCACAAAGCCUCCCCCUCGACGUCCGGGGGUAGUCGAUCCAAGAAACCCUCCGCCAAAUCCCUCAUCGUCCGGCUAAAGCUCUCCUCUGCCUCCCUCGCCAAGUUCCAGCCCGCCACCGAAGCCAUCAAGAGCGAGUCCCGAACCGCAGACGACAAACCCGCGUCGUCAUCCACCUCGUCGCUGUCGGGUUCCAAGGCCCCGACCGCGUCGCCGCUGGCGGAGGGAGAGGGAGAGGCGUCGAAUGGGAAUACGCCUGUGCCGAGCGGGACGGACGAUUCGGUCGCGAUGCCGCCGCCUGCUGAGGGGGGAGCGAAGAAGGGGAAGAAGAGGGCGAGUUUGCUGGUUGAUGGGGUGGUGAAGCCGAGGGGGAAGCCGGGGCCGAAGAAGAGGAAGCUUGACGACGGCACCGCAGACUCCCCAUCCUCUAAAAACCCCCACCCCUCCACCGCCCACAAACUCGGCCCCAAAGCCAACCAAGGCGCCAUAAACGCCGGUCUGCGCGCGCUCGACCGCUCCGGCGCCCCGUGUCGCAAAUGGGCCCGCGGCGGGUUCGCAAUCAAGAGCUUCACGGGGACGACGUGGGAGAUCCCCAGAUGGAGGGCGCCGCCGAAGAUUGUGGUGAAGGGGGAUGGGAGUGCCAAUGGGAAGGAGGGAGAGGGGGAGGGGAGUAGUGGGAAGGAGAAUAAGGAUAGUCAGGUUGAGAGCGAGAAGAGUGGGGGGAGGGAUGUGGAGAUGAGUUCGCCGGCGCCGGCUAUGAUUGCUGCUGCUUAGACAGCUGCUAUGGCGUCUGGUCUACCAGCUGGAAGGGCGUCUGGCGUCUCCCUCUCGUCGUGGGGGGUGUAUAACGGAUCGAGUGCGUUUUUUUCUUUCGGUGUUCUGUCAUUUCUGGCGUUAUCGGGGUGUUGGGUCAUCCCAUGGGUAGAACGGGGCGAGGGACAGAAUGGUAUGGUACUGGGUGCUACGGUGCGCGGUUUUUUGUGUGCCUGUACUCGGGUUUUCGUUUCAGGGGGUUGGGUGUGGGACAAUUGGGAAGGGGGAGUUACGAAUUGUAACAAUAGAAAGAUGGGAAGAUGGGCAUGCUUUAAGGUCGUUGGUUGUGUGUAUUAUACGUAUAGGAGAAGGGGGAAUG